GAGCAAAGGAAAGUGAAACAAUCUUGCCGUUGAAAGCUAUUACAGAUCUUAGCCUCUCUUAAUCUUAAAAAUUCGCGAUAUGUAAUGGUAUUUCUUUCACAUUUACGAUAUCAGGGCAAGAAUGUUUACCUAAUGUUAUCUUUCCAGCUGCUCUUGCGGAAGAAAAUUCGAUGCGGACGAUGAAUGGCUCGACGAACGAAACUGCCGACACAGAAGCGUGCAUAUUCGAGUUAAGUUUUCGGAUUCCCAUAUCCAUUCUGUUUGUUGCGACAUUUUUGCUGUCUUUAUCCGAGAAUGUUUUGGUGACCAUCGUGAUUAGCAUCGACAAAAAACUACGAAGACCUUCAAAUGGCUAUCUUUUGAGUUUGGCGUUGACAGACAUUAGUAUCUCAAUCGGAUUGAUACCACUAGAGAUGACAUAUGUAUGGUCGUACCCAAAGUGGCCACUUGGCUCCACAGGAACAAAUUUUCUUAACUCUGUAUGGCUAUUCUCAAUAGCAGGUUCUUUCAUCACCCUGCUAGUUAUCACAGUAGACCGCUACAGAGCAGUGAUGUCCGUGGUACGAUACAGGGAUAUUGCUUCAUGGCGGAGAACAUUUGCGAUCGUUGGAUUAGUCUGGAUCUACGUUGUAACUAUCGUAGUAUUAAUGGGUCUUUUUGCCUUUGAGCCAAUUACGGAAGAAACAUAUGAAUGGAACGUUAAUUUCAAAUUUUAUUACGCGUUCUUGGCCAUGCACAUAGUUCUUCCAAUGCUUCUGAUUAGUGCAUUUUACUACAAAAUAUACAAGAAGGCAGUGGAGAACCGACAACAACUCUUGUCACGCGGUCAGGUACAUCCCGGAACUGCCACUAGUUCUGAUACCGUCACGGAAACUAGACUUGAGGUUAAAAUGGCAAAAACUGUUGCCUUUGUGUUUAUGUUUCUGGUCAUUGUGUGGAUGCCAGUUUUAAUUUUGGAAAUUUUUUAUGCUAUCGGUAGUCAGUCCUGUGUUGUAGGACAACUUGGGGUUGUUAGUGUGUGGCUGACUUGUAGUAAUGGCGCUAUCAAUCCUAUAGUUUACUCUCUCAGGAACAAAGACUUCCACCGCUCCAUGUUGCAGUUGAUUCGAUGCAAAAGACCCAGGUCCGCCAGCGCUUAUAGGCUACCACAUUAACCCUUAACUCUCGUGAGUGACCAAGACAUGAUUUCUCCUUACAAAAUUAACACUACAUAAAAAAGAAAAGUUAUAAGACUAAAGAAAAAUUAUCAAUAAUUGGAAUAUUAAUUGAUCCAAUACCAAAUUCUCAAAAGUUACUUAUUACGAAUUGUAUGACAAACGGUAAGGAGAAUUGCUUUUGAGAUCUUGGGAGCGUAAGGGUUAAUAAUCCCAGUGCAAUUCAGAAAUACUUUUAGGAGUGUUUUUGUGGUUACAGUUAUUAUAUUGAGGUGCGUGGGAAGUUUCGGUAGAUUUCGUCAAUUGUAGCAAACAGCAGAAUUUAAUAAAACCUCAUUGGUCGCUUACUUUUACAAAAUUGUAAAUUAAUUGAUGUUUUAAUACGCAAUUGUUGUUAGCGUUGGCAAAGAGAACCCUGAUUAUUGUCUAAUUACGCCCCCAAGGAUCAAUUUUAAGUCCCAUAUUGUUUGUUUUGUUUAUAAAUGAUCUCCCUAAGGUUUUAACUGAAUGCCAAAUUUUGAUUCUCAAGGAAUAGUGAACACCUUAACAAACGAAUUGGCACUGAUAAAUAAAUGGCUCAAAGAUAAUGAUUUGUUUAUGCAUAAGAGCAAAACGGAGUGUCUGUUAUUUGGCAUUGGCCCCAGGCUGGCACUUUCUACUUCUUUCUCUGUAGCUAUUGAUUAAAAAGCACUUAGUAGCGCUUCUGAGUAUAAAUAUCUCGGAGUUGUUCUCGAUGCGUCGCUUACGUGGAAUGCGCACGUUGAACACUUGAUCGGUAAGGUUAGAAAGAGAUUAGCAAUAUUAGCCCGACUUAGGAAAAAUAUAAACAUGUACACGACAGGUACGUACCGUUAAUAUUCACUAAUAUUUCUAGUCAAUUUAGUUUUCAUAUAUGUAGGGCCUCUAUGGAUAGCAG